UGAUCUGUUGGGGGACCAAUUUCAAUGAUUUUAACUUGUCAGGUGACAACUAAUCUUUGCUCUUCUUGAUUGAACUGUGUCAAUAAGCUGGUCCUAAUCCAGAUUGGGAAGCUUCUACCAUGGCCUGUCAACAUCGAAAGGUACAUGCUGUCCUCCCACGCUUGGUUUUGCAUCUUCAUGAUGAUGAUCUCACUGUUCAACAGGCUUGCAGGAACACCCUAAAAAAGAUUGCUCCUUUAGUGGAAUUGGAAGGAAUAUGUGCACUCUUCAACACGCGUUGUUUUAACUCUGACCACAGAAGUGACUACGAAGACAUUGUCAGAGACCUGACAAGGCAGUUUAUCCAACAUUUGUCUCCCAGGGUUGAUUUCUUACAUGGCAUCAAUUAUACAGGCACAUGAUGCUCCUAGGCCAGUUAUUCAAGCAAAGGCUGUGUACUUCUCUAGCUGCAUGCUUUGCCUAUCAGAUGAUCAACGCAACGCAUCUCAUCUCUGUAUUAUCCACAGGUGUUUGGUAUGCUGGUAAGCAAAAUGAGUAGGAC